GUUGGGUAACCAGGAAGUUUAAAUACAAGCGUCUGUUUACUAUUAACAAUUCGCCAUAAAAAUGGAUUUUCAGUCUAAAUGUGCAAUUGAAGAAUUGUUUAAUGCCGUGAAAACAGGUCAUAAGGAUAAGGCGAGGGCAGCUCUUAAACAGGCACAUCAAGAACAUGAUAUUUUAAAACGUUUGAGGAAUAUUACGGAAUCUGGUAAAAAAUCGAUAAAGUUAGUAGAAGGAAUUAUUAGUCUUGUUUCCGAAGAAAAAUUUGCAGAAGCGAAGAAAAACUAUGAAAAAGCGCAAACAGGAUUUAGUGGACACCUUAAACGUCACUUAACUGACAAAAUGAGAGAAAUUAAAGAGGUUGAAACAUUGUCAGUCAGUCAACGCGAAAAUCAUUCAAAAGCAUCAAAACUGACCGAAGGGAAACAAGGUCAAAACCAAGCGGACUUUAGAAAAAGUCAGCGGUCAGAAAUCAGUACUGGACAAAGUCAACUUCAACAUGAAGAAAGCAAGCAAACACCAACUAGACAGUCUGUCCAGAGAAGUAGACCAACUGAUUUUGAUAUGCAGGUACGAUAUCAGGAAACAGCAAGUACGACUGAUACUGUUGAUGACCAAAGUUCCAUUACAGCCAGGGAAGACUUUCAGAAGAUAGAAAGAAGUAAGAGAGCAAGCAUUAAAAUGAGACAGAACAAUCCAGAUAUAGCUGAUUUAAGCGACACCAACAGACCAACAAAGAUAGCUGAGAGAUUUUCAGAACUGUACGACAACGAAUGGACUGAAGCUUUUGAGGAAAUCAGCAACAAGAAAAAUUGGAUUGAGAAGAAAACAAUAGAAUAUCUUUUGUCAGUUGUUAAGGAAGCCUACCAGUUUUGUACUAAUGCAGCAGAAAGUCAAAUAAAUCAAAUCAUCAAUAGGUUUAAUGAAAUCCUCGAGUUUGGACCAGAUAAUUAUAACAAGGAGACGUCAAAAUCUCAGCCAAAUAGAUGCAGUGAAGACGGCAGACACUUAAUUGUACAGUACCGCAAGGGAAUCGCAAACAUAGCCUUACAAAGACUAAAUAGGGUUUUUGUUGAGGAUAUAGUACACUCGAAAAAUACGAGACAUCAGUUACCAGCACGCUUGAAGGCAGUUGAUCUGUUCGCUACAAAAGCUUUAGAAUUGACGUGGUGGAUGUGUGUUCAAGACCCACCCAUAUACCUAUGUCCAACGCCUGAAAAUGAAAAUGAAGAGUUCGAUAAAAGUUUAUAUAAGGCCUACACGAAGUCUGGAAUUACACCAGAUUUCUUUGUAUGGCCCGCUUUGAGACUGUAUAAAGAAGGCGGGAUUUUAGCUAAAGGUGUUGUUCAGUAUCUAUGAAUUUAUCUGGCAAGCCUGUAUAAAGAAACGAUGUUUUAAUAUAAGGUGCUGUUUAAUAUCUAUUUAUUUGGUAAGACUGUAUCAAGAGACGAAAUUUCAGUGUAAUGCUCUGUUUAAUAUAUUUGAAUUUAUCUGACAAGACUUGUGUUGUUUAAUAUUUUUGAAUUUACUAGUAUCUGACAAGACUGUAUCAAGAAUGCGGAGUUUUAAUAAAAGAUAGC